AUGCCAGACGCGGAGCUGGGCGCGCCAACGGUCGAGAAUGUUCGGGUGGUGGUGCGCGUGCGUCCGAUGGACCAAAAGGAGAAACUCGACGGGGCGUACAACUGCGUGUCAGUAGACUCUGUGAACAACACCAUAGCGGUCACGAGGAACAACGUCAACCCGCCCGAGCCCCCUCGCAUAUACGCCUACGAUGCAGUCUUCGACACUAAUACUACGCAGAUGGACAUUUAUGUCCAAACAGCUAGUCUGAUCGUCGAACAAGUUCUCAAAGGCUACAAUGGGACGAUAUUCGCGUACGGACAGACCGGCACUGGGAAGACCUACACCAUGGCCGGGAGCAACUCCGCGCCAGAACUUAGAGGCAUCAUACCAAAUUCUUUUGCCCAUAUAUUUAGCCACAUCGCGAAGGCGAAGGAUGAUGAAAAAUUCCUAGUAUGCGUGACAUAUUUGGAAAUUUACAAUGAGGAAGUAAGAGACCUCCUCGGGAACAAUCCUCACCAGAGCCUCGAAGUGAAGGAGCGCCCUGAUAUAGGAGUCUUUGUGAAGGACCUUACUGGAUACGUGGUCCACAAUGCGGAUGAGUUGGAAAAAAUAAUGGCAGUCGGCAACAAGAGCAGGCACAUCGGCGCUACCGCUAUGAACAUAGAAAGUUCUCGAUCGCACGCCAUAUUCUCCAUCACGGUAGAGAACAGCAAGCGAGGUACCGAUGGGAAGAUGCAUGUCAAGAUGGGGAAGUUACAUCUUGUUGAUUUGGCUGGUUCAGAACGACAAAGCAAAACCCAAGCAACGGGAACCAGGUUGAAGGAAGCAACCAAAAUUAACCAGUCAUUGUCAGUGCUGGGCAACGUCAUAUCGGCGCUGGUCGACGGCAAGUCCACCCACAUACCGUACAGAAACUCCAAGUUGACGAGAUUGCUGCAGGACUCCCUCGGGGGGAACUCUAAGACUGUUAUGAUAGCGACGGUGGGUCCGGCGGAGAGCAACUACGUGGAGACCAUCAGCACGCUGCGCUACGCCAACCGCGCUAAGAACAUCGAGAACAGGACGCACGUCAACAGCGAGCCCGGCGACGCGCUGCUCACCAGAUUCCAACAAGAGAUUGAUCAGCUCAAGAAGCAGCUGGAAGAAAAUUCAAAUGAAAUAGAAGAAGAGGAAGAAGAAGAAGUGUCCGAAGAAGAAUUAUCAGAUGACACGCUCACAGACCCCGAACUAGAUGUGCUGGAUCCAGAAGAGAAGAAGAUGCGACGAAAAAUGAGAAGAGAGGAGAAGGAGAAAUUGAACCGUGAGAAAGCUCACCAAGCGCGCAAAGUGCUGGAGGAGAAGAAGGCCGAGCUGCAGAGGACCAAGAAGCAGCAGGAGGAGCUGAAGGAGAAGCUGCAGCGGCUGGAGUCGAAGGUGCUGGUGGGCGGCGAGAACCUGCUGGACAAGGCGGACGCGCAGCGCCGCCUGCUGGAGCGCGCCGCCGCCGAGCUCGAGCUGCGCGCGCUCAACGAGAUGCGGCUGCGCGAGGACCUGCAGAAGAAGGAGGCGGAGCGGCUGGACCUGGAGGAGCGGUACUCCAGCCUGCAGGAGGAGAGCGCCGCCAAGACGCGCAAGCUGAAGCGCGCGGUGCAGCUGCUGGGCGCGGCCAAGGCGGAGCUGGCGGACCAGCAGCGCGAGCAGCAGCGCGAGAUGGAGGGCAUCCUGGACGGCGUGCGCGCGCUGCGCCGCGAGCUGCAGCUGGCCGACAUCGUGCUCGACGCGUACAUACCCAAGGAGUACCAGGCCCUGAUCGAGCAGUACGUGCACUGGAACGAGCAGCUGGGCGAGUGGCAGGUGAAGUGCGUCGCCUACACCGGCAACAACAUGGCGCCGCGCCUGCACGCGCCGCGCGCCGCCGCGCACUUCGAGCCGCCGGACCUGUCGGACCGUUACCUGUCGUACGCGACGCCGGCGCGCGCCGCCAGCCGCCUGGCGCGCCCGCCCUCCGCCGUGCCGCGCCCGCACACCGCCCUGCGACAGCGACAG